UGAAGCUGCCUGGCAGUGAGGACUUCCCAGUAAUUAAAUUCUCCGGGAUCCGUGGGAAGAUGGGGCUGCUCCGCGCCCGGGACGCGGCGUGGCGGAGGAAAGGAUGUGUGACCUGCGCUCCGUGAAAACAGCAACGCAUCCUGUAAGAGACAUGGAUAGAUUCACAUGUCGGAGCAGCGACGCCUCCUGUGAGACAUGGAUAGAUGCAAACAUGUGGGGCGGCUACGACUCGCCCAGGACCACUCGAUCCUGAACCCCCAGAAGUGGCAGUGCGUGGACUGCCACACCACCGAGUCGCUCUGGGCCUGCCUCAAGUGCUCGCACGUGGCCUGCGGCCGCUACAUCGAGGAGCACGCCCUGAGGCACUUCCAGGAGACCCGGCACCCCUUGGCCAUGGAAGUGCACGAGCUCUACGUCUUCUGCUACCUGUGCCAGGAUUACGUCCUGAACGACAACCCCGAGGGCGACCUGAAGCUGCUGAGGAGCUCGCUGUCGGCCAUCAAGGGGCAGAGGAGCGGCAGGACGCUGCGCUCCAUGGCGCUGGCCGAGGACGCCUGGAGGAGGAGGAGCCCUCAGGGCCAGUCCCAGAUGCUGGUGGCGCUGUGGCACCGGCGCCAGGCCCUGCUGGCGAGGGCUCUGCGCACCUGGUUCCACAAGAGCUCCCGGGGGCAGCUGAAGUUGAAGGAGAAGAAGCAGCUGGAGGAGCUGGAGAAGAAGAAGGAAGCGGCUCGGCAGCGGCGGCAGGAGAUGAAGAGGCAGCUCCUGGAGGAGCUGGCCAACACUCCCCCGAGGAAGAGCGCCAGGCUGCUGUCCCACGUGCACAGGGAGAGCUUGAUCCCAAGGAAAUUCAGGGAAGUGGCCACAGCUUCCCCUACCUCAAGGCAGGUGCAGAGCAGCAGAUUCAAGCAGUUCUACUCCAUCCGGCGCCAGCCCCUGAUGACGCCGGGGGUGACGGGGCUGAGGAACCUGGGCAACACUUGUUACAUGAACUCCAUCCUGCAGGUGCUCAGCCACCUCCAGAAGUUCCGAGAAUGUUUCUUGACUCUUGAUCUCUGUGAAACAGAAGAACUUUUAGCUAAAACUGUGAACGGGAGGGCCAGGAUGCCUGGCAGACUGGCAAACGGGGCUGCCGCCGGUGAGCCGGGGAAGCCUGACAGGGUGGGAUCAUCCGGCACACAGAGCUCUCUGGCCAGCCUGAACGGCGGCAGUUUAGAGCUGAUCCAGCCCAAGGAGCCCAGCUCGAAGCACAUCUCCCUGUGCCACGAGCUGCACACCCUGUUCAGGGUGAUGUGGUCUGGCAAGUGGGCCCUGGUGUCCCCCUUUGCCAUGCUGCACUCCGUGUGGAGCCUGAUCCCGGCGUUCCGCGGCUACGACCAGCAGGACGCUCAGGAGUUCCUCUGCGAGCUCCUGGACAAGGUCCAGCAGGAGCUGGAGUCCGAGGGGACCAGGCGCAGGAUCCUCAUCCCCUUCUCGCAGAGGAAGCUCACCAAGCAGGUCCUCAAGGUGGUCAACACCAUCUUCCACGGGCAGUUGCUCAGUCAGGUCACCUGCAGGACGUGCAACUACAAAUCCAACACCGUGGAGCCCUUCUGGGACCUUUCCCUGGAAUUCCCGGAGCGCUACCAUUCCCUGGAGAAAGGCAUCGUGCCCCUGCCCCAGGCUGAGUGCUUGCUGACCGAAAUGUUGGCCAAAUUCACUGAGACAGAAGCCCUGGAGGGGAGGAUCUAUGCCUGUGACCAGUGCAACAGCAAACGGCGAAAAUCUUCUCCCAAACCUCUUGUUCUGAGUGAAGCUAAAAAGCAGUUGCUGAUCUACAGACUACCUCAGGUCCUCCGGCUGCACCUUAAACGCUUCAGGUGGUCUGAGCGCAAUCACCGCGAGAAGAUCGGGGUCCAUGUCCUCUUUGAGCAGGUAUUAAACAUGGAACCUUACUGCUGCAGGGACUCUCUGCCCUCCCUUGCCACUGAGACCUUUGUGUAUGACCUCUCGGCUGUGGUGAUGCAUCACGGCAAGGGGUUUGGCUCAGGACACUACACAGCCUAUUGCUACAACACGGAGGGAGGUUUUUGGGUGCACUGCAAUGACUCCAAACUGAAUGUAUGUAGCGUGGAGGAGGUGUGCAAGACCCAGGCCUACAUCCUCUUCUACACUCAGAGAACGCUGCAGGACAAAGCUGGAAUCCCAGAAAAACAACUCCGAGCUCAGGUGUUUGCCACCCAAAACCAGUGACAAGGACACAAGACUGACAUUCCCAUGAGGGGAAAACACUGCCAGCUUCUUUUGGGAACUUCUGGUGUUCAUCUUCCCCUUCUUUGUGGGGAAAACUGCAGGAAUGGGAUCGGAACAGGGAUGGGAUCAGAGUGGGAAUGGGAUCAG